AUGUCGAGGCGCAAGCAGGCGAAGCCGCAGCACAUCAACUCGGAGGAGGACCAGGGCGAGCAGCCGCCGCAGCAGCCGGCCCCGGAGUUUGCAGAUGCGGCCCCAGCGGCGCCGGCGGCGGGGGAACCGGGUGCCCCAAUGAGCCAGCUGGGGGCUGGUGACGAAGCACAUGAGGACAGAGUGCCCGGGAAGCGGCCACGGAGGGAAGAAACCCACGUCUGUGAGAAGUGCUGCGCUGAAUUCUUCAGCCACUCCGAGUUCUUGGAGCAUAAGAAAAAUUGCACUAAGAAUCCCCCUGUCCUCAUCAUGAGCGACAGCGAGGGGCCAGUGCCUUCAGAAGACUUCUCCGGAUCGGUCCUCAGUCCCAGCCCCAGAGACGGUCCCGGGGACCCGAAGGAGAAGCUGGGUGCCGAGUCUGUCAUCUACCUGAAGGCAGAGAGCGCCCUGCCCCCCACCUCCCCGGACAUAAGCUAUUUACCCAAAGGUAAAGUGGCCAACACUAACGUGACACUGCAGGCGCUGCGUGGCACCAAGGUGGCCGUGAACCAGCGGAGCGUGGAUGCGCCACCGGCCCCCGUGCCGGGUGCCAACAGCAUCCCCUGGGUCCUGGAGCAGAUCCUCUGCCUGCAGCAGCAGCAGCUCCAGCAGAUCCAGCUCACCGAGCAGAUCCGCAUCCAGGUGAACAUGUGGGCCUCGCACGCUCUGCACUCUGGCGUGGCCGGUACCGACGCCUUGAAAACCUUGGGCAGUCACGUGUCCCAGCAGGUGUCUGCGGCCGUGGCGCUGCUCAGCCAGAAGGUUGGCAGUCAGGGUCUGUCACUGGAGGCCUUGAAACAAGGCAAGCUACCUCACCCUGGCAUCCCGGCCACGGCUGCUGCCACCACUGCCUCCUCCCUGCCCUCGGGGCUCACCCCCUUCGCCCUCAAGGCCGACGGGGCCCGGGUGCUGCCCGGCGUCGUGUCCCGCCUCCCCAGCGCUUUGCUACCUCAGGCUCCCAGCUCUACGCUCUUCCAGAGUCCUUUCUCCACUGUGUCGCUAGACCCGUCCAAGAAGGGCAAGGGGAAGCCCCCGAACGUCUCCACGGUGGAAGUCAAAGCCAGAGACGAGGCCGGGCUCUACAAGCACAAGUGUAAGUACUGUAGCAAGGUUUUUGGGACUGAUAGUUCCCUGCAGAUCCACGUACGCUCCCAUACUGGAGAGAGACCCUUCAUGUGCUCUGUCUGUGGUCACCGCUUCACCACCAAGGGCAACCUCAAAGUGCACUUUCACCGACACCCCCAGGUGAAGGCCAACCCCCAGCUCUUUGCCGAGUUCCAGGACAAAAUGGUGGCAGGCACUGGCAUCCCCUAUACACUCUCAGUCCCCGUCCCGGUUGACCAGUCGAGUCUCCCCGUAGACAGCAAGCCUGUCCUUGUGGUGGGGACUCCCUCCGUUGGGCUACCUGCCAGUCUCUCUUCAGGGACUAACCCCAAGGACCUCCUGGGUGCCCCGUUGCCUGCUGACCUGCAGCCUGGGCCUUCUCCCGAGAGCGAGGGUGGGCCUACGCUAGCUGGGGUGGGGCCCAACCACAUCUCCUCCAGGGUUGGUGGCUUCCCAGGGAGCGGGGUCCCCGAGCCAGGGUCUGAGACCCUGAAGCUGCAGCAGCUGGUGGAGAACAUCGACAAGGCCACCACCGACCCCAACGAGUGUCACGUCUGCCACCGAGUUUUAAGCUGCCAAAGCUCCCUCAAAAUGCAUUACCGCACCCACACCGGGGAGAGACCCUUCCAGUGUAAGAUCUGUGGCCGGGCUUUUUCUACCAAAGGCAACUUGAAGACGCACCUGGGUGUCCACCGGACCAACUCGUCGGUCAAGCCGCAGCACUCGUGCCCCAUCUGCCAGAAGAAGUUCACCAACGCUGUGCUGCUGCAGCAGCACAUCCGCAUGCAUAUGGGCGGCCAGAUCCCCAACACGCCCCUGGCAGAGAGCCCCUGCGACGUCGGGGCCCCUGAGCCUGCCCCGGGCAGCGAGAACGGCCGUACCGGGGCCGUCUGCCACGACAACCUCGAGAGCAUUGAUGUGGGUGAAGUCAGCCCUCAGGAUGUGCCCAGCGCUUCCUCGAAGGUCUCCACACCACUUGCCAGUGUCCACUCGGCCUCUCCCACUCUGGGCUUCCCUGUGCUGGCCUCCCUGGACACCCCAGGGAGAGUGGGUACAGCCCCUCUCGGCCUGCAGCGGCAGAGCAGCCGGGAGAAUGGCUCGGUGGAGAGUGAUGGCCUGACCAACGAUUCAUCCUCGCUGAUGGGAGACCAAGAGUAUCAGAGCCGAAGCCCGGAUGCUGUGGAACCCACGUCUUUCCAGGCGCUCUCGCCAGCCAAUAGCCAAGCCGAGAGCAUCAAGUCCAAGUCUCCCGAUGCUGGGGGCAAAGCCGAGAGCUCCGAGAGCAGCCGCCCUGAGAUGGAAGGUCGGAGCAGCCUCCCAUCAUCGACAUUCAUCCGAACGCAGCCCACCUAUGUCAAGGUUGAAGUUCCCGGCACAUUUGUGGGUCCCUCAACCCUGUCCCCAGGCACAACGACGCCUCUGAUGGUGGCCCAGCCGCGCCGACAGGCCAAGCAGCAUGGCUGCACGCGCUGUGGGAAGAACUUCUCGUCUGCAAGUGCUCUGCAGAUCCACGAGCGAACUCACACGGGGGAGAAGCCUUUUGUGUGCAACAUCUGUGGCCGUGCGUUCACCACCAAGGGCAACCUGAAGGUGCACUACAUGACACACGGGGCCAACAACUCGGCCCGCCGUGGAAGGAAGCUGGCCAUCGAGAACACCAUGGCACUGUUAGGAAACGACGGGAAGAGAGUCUCCGAGAUGUUUCCCAAGGAGAUCCUGGCCCCGGCAGUGAAUAUGGACUCCGUCCUGUGGACCCAGUACGCCAGCAUGCUCAACGGCGGCGUGGCCAUGAAGACCAACGAGAUCUCGGUGAUCCAGAGCGGGGGCAUCCCCCCACUGCCCGUCUCCCUGGGGGCCAGCUCUGUGGUGAAUAACGCCGCCGUCUCCAAGAUUGAUGGCUCCCAGUCGGGCACCAGUGCUGAUGUGGAAAAGCCUGGUGCUACCGACGCUGUGGCCAAACACCAGUUCCCUCACUUCCUGGAGGAAAACAAGAUUGCAGUCAGCUAAACCCGAGCGACCACGGUGGAGGGACAAGUGCAGAGAAGGAAAUCUGUGUCCCCAGAGGUGACCAGCCGAGU